GAGCAACUCCAGAGUCUCCUCCAAGAUGCUGGUGGUCCUGCUUACAGCAGCCUUGCUGGUUCUGAGCCCAGCUCACGGCUCAGAUGAAGAGGUCAUCUAUGAAGACUCAUCUUCUCAACUCUUAGAUGUAGAGCAGCAGAACCAGAAACCUGGUCAACAUCAUCCAAAACCACCUCCUGGAGGAUUACCCCCAAGACCUCCUGCUUCUGAUGAAAACGGUGAUGGUGAUGAUAGCGAUGAUGGUGAUGAUAAUGGCAGUGGGGAUGACGGAAAUAGACCAGAGAGACCACCACAACACGGAGGCAAUCACCACCAUCCUCCUCCAGGACACCACCAUGGUCCACCCCCACCAGGAGGCCCUCAGAGACCCCCUCAGCCUGGAAACCCACAAGGCCCUCCCCCACAGGGUGGCCCUCAGGGACCUCCUCAACCUGGAAACCCACAAGGCCCACGCCCACAGGGAGGACCCCAGCAGAGACCCCCUCAGCCUGGAAACCCUCAAGGCCCACCCCCACAGGGUGGCCCCCAGAGACCUCCUCAGCCUGGAAACCCACAAGGCCCUCCCCCACAGGGUGGUCCUCAGAGACCCCCUCAGCCUGGAAACCCACAAGGCCCACCCCCACAGGGAGGCCCACAGCAAAGACCCCCUCAGUCUGAACACGCACACGACCCAGCACAGGACGGAACCCAUGAACAGCCAAGUUACCUAUGGUCAUUUUUUGCAUAA